GAAAAUAGUCAUUUACCCGAUUUUUCUAUAUAUGAAACAAGUCCACACUUCCACGUUAAAGUGAAUUGCCGGUAAAGUAAGGACAAGGAAACAAGAGAAUCAGGAAGGCUAGGGUUACGUUUCUUAUGUUUUAAAUGCGAUAUUUAAUCUGGGCAUUCUUGUUAUGAUGGCUUACGGAGACGAAGAUUCAGUUUCCCAGUUGAAAAUCGUCACUGAAGAUUGCAAAUGUGAUUAUGAAAUACUUAUUGAACGGGAGGCGUUGGGUGACUGUGGCGGUGGUAUCGCUCUGACGUCGUCUUCUUCCGCAAGCGGCGGUGGUAGUGAAAUUUGGUCGUCACUUAGGCGAUGGGCAAAGCUUGUUUUUGUGGUUAUAUUGGUCUCAGUUUUGGGGGUUUGUUUCUUUAUAUGGAUCGGACCCUUUUUGAUGAACAAGGAAGUUAUACCCAUUUUGAACCGGGAGACGGAGACAUUCAAUAAUCCAACACUAGCGGUUCUGAUAUUUGCUUCGGUAGCAUUAUUCCCGACUUUCCUUUUACCAUCUACGCCGUCUAUGUGGGUCGCCGGAAUGACCUUUGGCUACGGCUUUGGCUUUCUAUUGAUCAUCGGUGGUGUGAUUAUCGGCACAUCUCUUCCUUUCUUCUUCGGUUCCCUAUUUUACCACAAAAUUGAAGAGUGGUUACAAAAAUUCCCAAAGAAAGCAUCGAUUCUGAGAUUAGCAGGUGAAGGGAACUGGUUUAAUCAGUUUAAAGCUGUAGUGUUGCUGAGGAUCUCGCCGUUCCCAUACGUCGUGUACAAUUACUGUGCGGUGGCCACCGGUGUUAACUUCGGCCCUUACUUGUUUGGCACUUUGGUUGGAAUACUUCCAGAGAUUUUCGUUGCAAUAUACACGGGCAUAAUGAUCAGAACGUUGGCGGAUGCGUCAAAUGAUCGGCGCUCACUUUCUGCACAACAGAUCAUGUGCACGGUGGUCGGAUUUCUUUUAACGGUUAUCACAACCGUGGGAGUGACUCUUUAUGCGAAAAGACGGCUAAGUAAGUUGCAAAAGGAGGAACAACAACCAUUGAUUCACACUGCAAACUUUUCUCUAAUGUUUCAAAAGGUUUUCCACAUAAUUCAUCAUUGUAUCAAAGCCACAAGAAAUCCCGUCUCUUUCCCUAGGAACCACCGACAAUCACAACAGCCCUUCCUCGAUCUGCAUCACGCCAUCGUCGCCCACCACAACAUGUUGUCUUCGUCUCCUUCUAGCUACCGCAUGUUGUUGUCGCUACUUCCCUCAGUGCCGCCACCAAUGUUACACUUCAACGAUUCUAAAGUCUGUUGCCAUGGUUCCUUGCUGCCAAUCAGUUCUCAGUUCUCGCUGCCUUCUUCUCAUAGAUCACCUGCUCUCAACGUGAUUAGGUUACCGUUACAUUCAGCUCUCUCUACCUACGAUUCUAAAGUCUGUUGCCUCGGUUCCUUUAUUUAG